GAUGAUCACAUUUUCAUCAGCCUGACCCCGCCUCUGGUGAAUGCAGGGGCGCUCCAUGUGACGCUGGGCUGUAACAAAAAUCCAGUAUGGCGGAAUCUGUCAGGAGAUGAUUUUUUUCUUCCCCUCCUCCUGCGUUGAGGAAAAGAGGAGAAAAAAGCCUCGGAGUGCUAACAUGGGAGAGAUUUUUUUCUUUUUUUUUUUUUAAGAAAGGCCAGCCGCUUUGGGACACAUGCUGGGACGACUGGCCUCCUCCCGGCCCGUGUAUAGGUUGGUGCUAAACAGCGAGUUGCCACUCUGAUUGGAGUUGCCGGAUCAAUAAGCUAAUGGAGAUUGGCUGCUGCCGGACGUCUGCUUCCUGUUUCCCGUUUGACCGUCCCGAGUGUUGGAUCAGCCUGAACACGCAUUCAAGCCCACACUGUCCUCCUCCUCCCAGCUCUGGCAGGCUAACAGGCUCCUGAUCACCAUCCUGUAAACCACAUCCGUACUUCAACUCAAACACACACAGACAUCUGUCCUUCAGUGAACACACGCUCACACGACGAGCUGGGUGCACACUCGCCGUACUGCGUGGACGUCUGCCUGACCGACCUGGCAGCAAUGACUUCACACAGCCACCAAGAGGGAAUCCUGGGAAAGGAGCAGCCGCUCGAGGUCCUGAAGACAUCGGCGCUCAACCACAUCCCAACAGUCGACAUCAACUCUGCGCUGCCCCUUCGUCUCCCGCCGGCCGCCAUCCCCAUGGAUCUGCGCGUGGACCAUCACCAGCAGCAGCAGCAGGUGUCCUCGCUCUCCCCGCCCGCCCAGCAGUCGCCCGGCCAGCCCGGCGGCGGCAGCGUGGUGGCGGCAUCGGUGCACGAGCAGCAGCUGCAGGCUGAGCUGCUGGCCCUGAAACAGAAGCAGCAGAUCCAGCGGCAGAUCCUCAUCGCAGAGUUCCAGAGGCAGCAUGAGCAGCUGUCCCGCCAGCAUGAGGCCCAGCUGCAGGAGCACAUUCAGCAGCAACAGGAGCUCCUGGCUUUGAAGCACCAGCAGGAGCUGCUGGAACAUCAGAGGAAGAUGGAGAACCACCGUCGGGAGCAGGAGCUGGAGAAGCAGCAGAGAGAACAGAAGCUGCUGCUGCUGAAGAACAAGGAGAGGGGCCAAGAAAGCGCUGUGGCCAGCACCGAGGUGAAGAUGCGUCUCCAGGAGUUCGUCCUGAAUAAGAAGAAGGCACUGGCCCAGCGUAGCAUCAACCAAGGAGGCCUCCCCAACGACGCUCCCUACUGGUACCGCAAAACCCAGCACAGCUCUUUGGACCAGAGCUCGCCUCCACAGACUGGCGUGUCCACCUACAACCACCCUGUGCUGGGCGUCUACAACCCCCGGGAUGACUUCCCACUGCGAAAGACUGCAUCUGAGCCCAACCUGAAGCUGCGCUCCCGGCUGAAGCAGAAGGUAAGCGAGCGUAGGAGCAGUCCGCUGCUGCGUCGCCGAGACAGUCCCAUCACCAGCGCCAAGAAACGCUCGCUCGACAUGGCAGACUCGGCAUGUAGCAGCGCACCCGGCUCGGGCCCAAGCUCUCCAAAUAACAGCUCCAACAACAUCCCUAAUGAGAACGGCAUCACUGUGUCAGUCUCCAACAACACGGAGGCAUCUUUGGCCCAGAGGCUGUGCAGCGGUGCUGAUCGUGGCUCCGUUAGCCAGCUGUCCCUCUACACUUCCCCAUCUUUACCCAACAUCACCCUGGGGCUGCCAGCCACUGCCACGGCCACUGCUGCUUCUAAUGUGACCUCAGCCCAACAGGAUGGAGGCCUGCAGCCAGCCCUCUCCCUCAGCCCUCCAUUCCUCUCCGGUGGCCACUUGACCCCCUACUUGGCCGAGGCUGGAGCAGGAACAGGCGGGCACGGUGCACACAGUCCCCUGCUCCAACACAUGGUGCUCAUGGAGCAGAGUCCAGCGCAGAGCCCCCUGGUGACAGGUGUAAGCGGCCUGUCUAUGUCGUCAGCAGCGUCCAUGACCAAACUGCAGCGGCAGCACCGGCCCCUGGGGAGGACCCAGUCGGCCCCGCUGCCCCAGGGGACCGCGGCCCAGGCUCAUGCGCAGGCCCUGGCACUGCAGCAGCUGGUGGUCCAGCAGCAGCACCAGCAGUUCCUGGAGAAGCACAAGCAGCAGUUCCAGCAGCAGCAGCUCCACCUAAACAAGAUGAUGGCCAAGCCCAGCGAGUCGCCCGUGGGCCGUCAGCACCAGAGCCACCCCGAGGAGACAGAGGAGGAGCUGAGGGAGCACCAGGACGGAGGAGGCCUGCCGCACGGGGUCACCAUCAAGCAGGAGCCCCCCGACCCCCAGGAGCUGCAGGAGGAGGUGCUGCAGCAGCAGCACAGGGAGAGGGAGAGGCAGGCUGAGCAGGAGCUCCUCUUCAGACAGCAGGCCCUGCUGUUGGAGCAGCAGCGGAUUCACCAACUGAGAAACUACCAGGCCUCCAUGGAAGCUGCCGGCCUCUCUAUCUCCUUCCCGGGACACCGCCCCCUGUCCAGGGCCCAGUCAUCUCCGGCCUCCGCUUCCUCCUUCCCGAUCAGCGUCCCCACGCCCGAUCCUCCAGUCAAGCCUCGCUUUACCACAGGCCUCGUGUAUGACUCCCUGAUGCAGAAGCAUCAGUGCAUGUGCGGCAACACCAACAGCCACCCGGAGCAUGCGGGACGCAUUCAGAGCAUCUGGUCCCGACUGCAAGAGACUGGACUCAGAGCUCAGUGUGAGUGCAUCCGUGGGAGGAAGGCCACUCUGGAAGAGCUGCAGACAGUUCACUCUGAAGCCCACGUCCUGCUGUAUGGAACCAACCCACUCCGACAGAAACUUGAUUGUUCAAUCACUCCUAUGUUUGUUCGGCUCCCGUGUGGAGGGGUGGGGGUGGACAGCGACACCAUUUGGAACGAGGUCCACUCCUCCAGCGCGGCUCGCCUCGCCGUCGGCUCGGUGGUAGAGCUUGUUUUUAAAGUUGCUACUGGAGAGCUAAAGAAUGGUUUCGCUGUGGUCCGCCCUCCUGGACACCAUGCGGAGGAAAGCACUCCCAUGGGUUUCUGCUACUUCAACUCUGUGGCCAUCGCAGCCAAACUGCUGCAGCAGAGACUGAAUGUCAACAAGAUCCUCAUUGUGGACUGGGAUGUUCAUCAUGGCAACGGCACCCAGCAAGCCUUCUACGAUGACCCCAACGUCCUUUACAUCUCUGUUCAUCGCUACGACGACGGCAACUUCUUCCCUGGAAGCGGAGCACCUGAUGAGGUGGGCAGUGGUCCUGGAGUCGGGUUCAACGUUAACGUUGCCUUCACCGGAGGUCUCGACCCGCCCAUGGGAGAUGCAGAAUACCUGGCUGCCUUCAGGUCAGUGGUGAUGCCGAUAGCCAACGAGUUUGCUCCAGACAUCGUGUUGGUCUCUUCUGGCUUCGACGCCGUCGAGGGACACCCUCCCCCGCUGGGCGGCUACACUCUGACAUCCAAAUGUUUCGGUUAUCUGACAAGGCAGCUGAUGACCCUCGCCGGAGGCCGUGUGGUCCUGGCUCUAGAGGGAGGUCACGACCUCACCGCCAUCUGUGAUGCCUCCGAGGCCUGCGUGGCCGCCCUGCUCGGCCAGGAGCUGGACCCACUGCCCAAGGCUGUCCUCGAGCAGAGGCCAAACCCCAACGCUGUUCGCUCUCUGGAGAAAGUCUUGGAGACUCACAGUAAGUACUGGCGCUCGGUGCAGCGCUACUCGCCGCGGCUGGGGCUUUCUUUGCUGGAAGCCAAACGAGGAGACUCGGAGGAGGCUGAGGCCGUCAGCGCCAUGGCCUCUCUCUCUGUGGCCAACUCUAACGCCAUGGAGCAAAGCAGGUCUGAGGAGGAGCCCAUGGAAGAGGAGGAGCCGCUGUAGUGGACGAAAACGUGAGGGUGUCACCGCGUUACCAUUGACCUCUCCGGAGAACGCCUCUUUGAGCAGCAAAGAGUCUCGACUGAUCCCUUCAUUUAGUCCCCAAUAACCCCACUCACCACGUCAGUCACCUUGAUUGGCGGCCCCUCGGCCAAAAAAAACGAGGGAGAGGGGGUGGGCUCAGCCUCAAGAGUAGGGAGCCAAUCAGAAGACAGAGGAGGACUGAACUGGAAAAAACUUAUUUAAACAUACCGGCAAGCGCUCGCUCAGAGACGUUUUAUCUGUCAGUCUUCGCACCCCCAUGUUAGCCCUCGGCGGCUGAUCAAGUGAUCACGGCAGCGGGCGAGCGUAUUUGGAGCGGAGCGAUCGGGAGAAGGCAGGGGCGAGAUCAGAUCUCGUCACCGAAAGGUGCGAUGACACUUCUGUGCAGAAAAUACGGUGCUUUACGCGGCUGCCCUCUGACCACAUCCAGUACGGACACGGGGACAGCAGACGUCCCCAGCUGUCAAGAGGCAAGCGCGGGGAUUUGUUUUCUUUUUUUCUUGACUAUUUUCCCUCCCUAAAGAAAUGGGGGGAGGGGCAUCAUGGCAACCGAGAAGAUAAUUUUACUAAAUGUGUUCACUGUGGACUUUGGUUGGGCCGAAGUUUGAGUAGGCUUUUACAAAGAUUUUAACGGUGAGACUCCGUCGCCUCGCCGAACCAGCCUGUUGUCGAAGGUUGACGAGUUAGAGGAGUGCCUUGGUGAGGGUCCGCUGGAUUUCACGAUUGUUCAGGAAAAGAUUGCCUUAAGAUUUUUCUCGCCGAGGAAUCGGCCGAGGGUGCGGGAGACGGAGGAGAGUUUCAAGUCCUUUCUUGUGGAGGGGGGGGAUGAUGAAAAAUAUAGCAAACAAUCUUUCAGCAUGUUUACUUGGAACGUGACGAAGACAACAUUUAUGUCUCUCACGGCCUCUCUUGAAGAGUUACUUUACUUUUUUUUUUUUUUUGGAUGGAUCUAUUUUUCUGUAAAAAAGAAAGAAAGAAAUGAAAGCGCUUUGUAAAGGUAGUUGCCAGCUUCAGUAGAGGAAAAAAAUUAAAGGUGCAAACAUGGAGACCUUCAAAGAAGGAAUUAGAAAAGGUUUAGCCUUUGAUGUAGCUUCCCUUUAAUCGAAGUCGUCGCUUUGUAAAACGCAUGCAUUUGAGCAGAGAGGCCAGACAUGUUUUUUUCUUUGUUUCUUUUUACCUGCAAGAUAUUUUGAAUGUUAUCCAAAAGAGAAAGCCAAGCAAGAGAAAGCCAAAGCAUGAGUUUGGAUUUACAGCAGCACUUAACUCCACUUAGAUGGCAAGCCGACAAACAUUUCACGUAUUGGCCCUUUAAGACAAGGCGCCCAAUACCCAGUUCAAUGUUUACUGAUUUACUCCUUCACAGAUCAGGUGUGUGCCGAGCCCAUGCUUUGCCGGUUGGCAACUACCUUGGUUACUAUUGUGAGCUAAACAUCAGCCAUGUAUAUUGAAUUGAAUAUAUUUUGAGAGGCAGUAAUCGAGUAUUGUCUUUGUUUGUAUUUUACAUGUAUGAUUUUCGCAUCAACUUGUCAAUUCUGCAACGUCAGAAGUGUGUUUGGUAAGCGUGUCCACUCCUUUUUUUUUUCUUUUUUUUUACUUUUUACUGUAUAAAAUUAU